AUUUUAACUGUGAGUAUUGCCUUCUCCAGACGUGCCCCGAAAAGCAGCAGCACAGGAGCUGGGCACGCUUCGGCCGGCUGCGAGUUCAUGUGACCUCACCUUGCCAGUUUGGCCUGCAGAGCAGAACCCAAGGCUGUCACCUCUUAGCCCGUGCUCUGCACUCAUCUCCUGCUACUGCAGUUAGCUGAAACAAGUUCCCAAAGGCACCAGAGGCCGGGAGAAGAAUGCUCAGAGGUCGGUCCUUAUCUGUGACUUCCCUGAGUGGGCUCCCUGUCUGGGAAGCCGAAAGACUCCCCGUCGAAGACUUAUUGCUCUUUGAAGUCUCUUGGGAGGUGACCAACAAAGUUGGGGGCAUCUGUACUGUGAUUCAGACCAAGGCCAAAACAACAGCAGAUGAAUGGGGAGAAAACUACCUUCUGAUAGGUCCAUAUUUUGAACAUAAUAUGAAAACUCAAGUAGAGCAGUGUGAACCCACCAACGAUGCUGUCAGAAGAGCCAUAGACACAAUGAACAAACACGGCUGCCAGGUGUACUUUGGAAGAUGGCUGAUAGAAGGGAGUCCCUACGUGGUGCUUUUUGACAUAAGCUCCUCAGCAUGGAACCUGGACAGGUGGAAGGGUGACUUCUGGGAAGCAUGUAGCGUUGGCAUCCCUCAUCAUGACCGAGAAGCCAACGACAUGCUUAUAUUUGGGUCUUUAACUGCCUGGUUCUUAAAAGAGGUGACAGACCACGCGGACGGCAAACAUGUCAUUGCCCAAUUCCAUGAAUGGCAGGCUGGAACUGGGCUCAUCCUUUCUCGUGCCAGGAAGCUUCCCAUCGCCACAAUAUUUACAACCCAUGCCACGCUGCUUGGGCGGUAUCUCUGUGCAGCAAAUAUUGACUUCUACAACCAGCUUGACAAGUUCGACAUAGACAAGGAGGCAGGGGAGAGGCAGAUUUAUCACCGCUACUGCAUGGAGCGGGCCUCGGUGCACUGCGCACAUGUGUUCACCACCGUGUCAGAAAUCACAGCCAUCGAGGCGGAGCACAUGCUCAAGCGGAAGCCUGGUAAUCCCGGAGGCUGGCUCUGCCAUCUCCUAACACACGCAGCACUCUUGCUUAACUGCUGUGAUCUUGCCUGGCAUUCCCUUGCUUUCAGAUACCACUGGGUGCUAGAGGAGUUAUUAGAAAUUGCUUUGUUUUGUUUCAGUCAUUUGGAUUUCGAUCUGGAAAAGACUUUAUUCCUUUUCAUUGCCGGGAGGUAUGAGUUCUCAAACAAAGGAGCUGACAUCUUCUUGGAAUCCUUAUCCAGGCUCAAUUUCCUGCUAAGGAUGCAUAAGAGCAACGUCACUGUGGUGGUGUUUUUCAUCAUGCCUGCCAAGACAAACAAUUUCAACGUGGAAACCCUGAAGGGCCAGGCGGUGCGGAAACAGCUGUGGGACACUGUGCAUUCCUUGAAGGAAAAGUUUGGAAAGAAGCUUUACGAUGGGUUAUUGAGAGGAGAAAUUCCUGACAUGAAUACCAUCUUGGAUCGAGAUGACUUAACAAUUAUGAAAAGAGCCAUUUUUUCAACUCAGAGACAGUCCCUGCCUCCUGUCACCACUCACAACAUGAUUGAUGACUCCACGGACCCCAUCCUCAGCACCAUUAGACGGAUCGGACUUUUCAACAACCGUGCAGACAGAGUCAAGGUGAUUUUACACCCAGAAUUCCUGUCCUCCACCAGCCCGCUACUACCCAUGGAUUAUGAAGAGUUUGUCCGGGGUUGUCAUCUUGGGGUGUUUCCAUCAUACUAUGAACCCUGGGGUUACACUCCAGCCGAAUGCACGGUGAUGGGCAUCCCGAGUGUGACGACAAACCUCUCUGGCUUUGGCUGUUUCAUGCAAGAACAUGUGGCUGACCCUACUGCGUAUGGUAUUUACAUCGUCGACAGGCGCUUCCGAUCUCCAGAUGAUUCUUGUAAUCAACUGACUCAGUUUCUCUAUGGGUUUUGCAAACAGUCACGCCGUCAAAGAAUCAUCCAGAGGAAUCGCACAGAAAGGCUUUCCGAUCUUCUGGACUGGAGAUAUCUAGGCAGAUAUUACCAGCAUGCCAGACACAUGACUCUGAGCAGAGCUUUUCCAGACAAAUUCCAUCUGGAGCCCACCUCACCUCCAGCGACGGAUGGGUUUAGGUACCCCAGGCCCUCCUCAGUACCCCCUUCUCCGUCGGGAUCUCAGACCUCCAGUCCUCAGAGCAGUGAUGUGGAAGACGAAGACGAGGACGAAAGAUACGAUGAGGAAGAGGAGGCUGAGAGGGAUCGGCUAAAUAUCAAGUCGCCAUUUUCUCUGAACCACGUUCCUAAGGGGAAGAAAAAACUUCAUGGGGAAUAUAAAAACUGACCCGGAGCGAACAAAGUCAGAACGGCUCUCCGAGAGAGUGAAAAUGCGCGGCUCCUUUUUUCUUCUGAAAAUCGCAAUGGAAUAUGUUCUCUGCCCAUGAAGAAUGGAAGAGAUUAAGUGAAUGACAGUUUUGUAAUUUGGGAUGAAGCAUACAUUUUAAUCUUCAAGUCUUGUUUUCCUUGUAAAUUUAAAGAUGAGGAAGGUUUUUGAAGUGGCAAGACUGGGGACAUUUUAAUGAGAGUUAAAGGUUCUGAUGUCAAGGCCAGACGGGGUUAAAGAGUAAGACACUACACUACACUACACACACAAAAUAGUUAACAUAAGUGAUCAGAAAUUUUUAGCCGCUUUUUUUAACAAAAAUCAUCAUCAUAAUCCUUUGAUUAAUAUUUAUGGAAGCUUCUAUACUCCAAGCAAACCUCUUCCAGCAAAGAUUGAUUCUUAACUAUAAUUGCAUGACUCACAUAUUUUACAUAAAAAAGACUUUGUUAUUCAUUUGUCAUGUGCCUUGAAGCCAUGAAUUUCUAUCUUGCUCUGCAGAUGAUUGUCAAAAUCCAUAAGAAAACAAACUACCCCAAAUCCUAUGUAUUCCAGUGGAUAUUUACUACAUGACGUCUGAAAUCUAGAAUUUGUGUCCAGAUUGUUGAUAACGAGAUGUUACCACAACGUGUGUCACCUUACUGUAGCAGGACUUUUGUUGUUUAAAUGGAAAUUUCAAUCUUUUAUAGAUAAUUAAUUGCCAAAUCCAAAUGAAUAAAUGUGUCACUAUUUACAAAUUUUA